AUGGCAAGCGCUGCAAACUUCGCAACUACAGUCAAGAGCCUAACUAAUCGAGUUGCAAUCAUCACUGCAUCCACUAAAGGUAUUGGUUUUGCAAUAGCGAAACGAUUGGGGUUGGAUGGGGCAGCGGUGGUUGUGAGCAGUCGCAAAGAAGAUAAUGUCAGAGUAAGUGUGUCCUCAAUAAAUUGA